AAACUUGUGUUUACCCCGAGAAAGACUACCAUGACCGUGAAGCCCUGCGCGGGCAGGUGUGCGCGCAUGCGUGUACGUGCCGGGGAGAGGCACGCCGGGAUACAAGAGGACCAGGAUGGCGGUGGGUUGGAGGAGUGGCUCAUUGGCGAGAGGCUAUUGGUCUCUCUGCUUGCUCCAGAGCCCUGCCUCAAGCACAGUCCUGCACGUCCGCAGUCACCUGGCCACAGUACUGCAGCCACUCGGCAAUAAAUCUAUCCACUGUAACUGUGGCAACAGGCCAGCACUGCGGGCAGAAGAGCAUCCAGGAGGACCAGGGUACCGGCGCCCAGAAUACAUCCCGCAGCGCAAAGCCAAGAAUCCGAUGGGGAAGAUCGGGCUGGCCUGGAUAAUUGGUCUCCCAUCUGGCAUCAUCACCUUCCUCCUUGCGAAGCGAGAGGUGGACAAGAACAGGCUGAAACAACUUAAGGCCAGGCAGCGGAUGAAGAGUGCCAAUGAGGGCGAUUAUCAUAGUGAGCGUUACAGGCGAGGUGUAGAGGAGAAUGAGACCGGUGCUGUGAGCAGGUCAACGUGAUGGGGCGGGAACCCCUGAAAUCUUGGUCACCGCUUCCCUCCAAUGGCUUAACCAAUCUGGCUCUGUCUUUAUCUCCCUCUAAUCUCAGGUCCAAUCUGCGGAGGACACAGAAUCAAUGGAGGUGUAUGGACAGUUGCCGUUUCAGCUCAAGACCCUUCACCUGGGCUCCUCUCAAAGUUCAAAAUAAAUUUAUUAUACAUGCUUAUAUGUCACCAUAUACUACCUUGAGAAAAACUAUACUUAAAUUGAUAAAAAUCCAAUGUGGAAAAGAGGACAAAUUGUGCAAAUAAUAAAGUAAAUAAAUAAUACUGAACUCCAGAGUUCUUGAAAGAGUGUCCAUAGGUUGUGGAAUCCGUUAAGUGAAAUUAUCCACACUGGUUCAGGAGCCUGAUGGUGUAAGGUAAUAACUGUUUCUGAACUAGUGGUCUGGGACCCAAGGCUUGCGUACCUCCUGCCCAAUGGUAGUAGGGAGAAAACAGCAUGGCCUGGGAGGGGUCCUCGAUAUGGAUGCUGCUUUCUUGUGGCAGCACUGCUUAUGAAAGUGCUCAGUGGUGGGGAGGACUUUACCCAUGAUAGACUGAGCUACAUCUACUAUAUCUUGUAGGCUUUUCCAUAUCAAGCAGUGAUGCAACCAAUCAGGAUACUCCACUGUGCAUCUGUAGAAGUUUGUCAAAGUUUUAGACGACAUGCCAAAUCUACGCAAACUUCUAAGAAGGUAGAUGUGCUGUUGAUUUCCUCAUGUGUGCUGUUGUGCCUUCUUUGUGAUGGCAUUUACGUGCUGGUCCCAUGAUAGAUUGUAUGACAUGGUGACACCAAGGAAUUUAAAAUUAUUGACCCUCUCCACUUCUGAUACACUAAUGACCCCAGGUUUUUUGUAAUUGAAUAUCAUCUCCGGUUUUGCUGACAUUGAGUGAGAGGUUGUUGUGGCAAGACUCAGCUGGAUCUUCAGCCUUCCUUGUAUAUGCUGAUGCUGAACCUUUGACUUGUGUUGUCAGCAAACUUAAAUAUGAUAUUGGAGUUGUACUUAGCCACACAAUCAUAGGUGUAAGGCGAGUAGAGCAGAGGGAUAAGCACAGAGCCUUGUGAUGCACAUGUGCUGAUCUGGAAGGGUCUUAACCCAAAACAUCUAAAGAUUAAAAAUUAACUUUAUUUGUCACAUGUACAUCGAAACACACAGAGAAACGUGUCAUUUGUGUCAACGACUAGCACAGUCCAAGGAUGUGCUGGGGCAACUUGCAAUUGUCACCAUGAUUCUGGCACCAGCGUCGCAUGUCAACAACUUACUAACCCUAACCCGUACGUCCUUGGAAUGAUGGAGUAAACCAGAGCACCUGGAGGAAACCCGCGUAGUCCUGAAGAGAAUGUGCAACCCCCUUAGUGACAGAGGCAGGAAUGGAACCCCAACUGAUGGUUUUGUAGAGCGUUAGGCUAGCCACUAUGCUACCAAACCACCCUCAUCAACUGUCUGUUGCCUCUCACAGAGUGAAAAGGGGAGAGAAAGGUCUCAACCCAAAACAUAGACUCUAUCACUUACCUGCAGGAAAGAGGUCAAUAAAAUUGAAAGACUGCACAGAAAAUUUACAAGAAAGAAAAAACAAAAUUAUACAACUUAACAUCCCAAAUCCUGUAUUCAGUACUUCGAUUUAUGAAAACCAAUGUGCUAAAAGCUUUCUUUAUGACCCUAUCUAGCUGUGACAUCACUUUCAAGGAAUUAUUGAUCUGUGUUCCCAGAUUCCUGUGUUCUACCACACUACUCAGUGCCCUACCAUUCACUACCCUGGUUCCUAAUAUGCAACAUCUCACACGUAUGCCAUUUUCCCAGCUGGUCCAGACCCUACUGCAAGCUUUGACAGUGUUCAGAGGCUUGCAGUGGUCCAGAUCCCGCUGCAAGCCUUUGAUGGCUCUGAUAGAUGUAUACACAAGUAUGACUAUAAUUAAAAUUUGACACUAUUCUUACAAAAGUUUACCUUGUUGGUCUUGGGCCACCGUUUUUCUGUGAGUAUUUACAUUGCAACUCAAUUGAAGGUACUUACCCAUGUUGGAUUAACAGCUUUUCUACUUCCUUUACCUUUGGGGAACUAUGCCUGGCAAGUUGCAUUUGCAAAUACUCCACAGCAAACUGCCAAUAAUUUGUUGAUUCUCAAUAGAGCAGAGAACAUUGCACAACUUUAUUCAAAUAUCCUUUAAGUGAAAGAUAAUGGGGUUCGGAUUAAUGCAGGGCCAUGGAGCAAUGAGACUUGUUUUAGAUUCAUACUGGGUUGCUGUUGUAAUUUCUUCAUGUGUUUUUAUUUAGAUAUACAGUUCAGUGCAGGCCCUUCUCGCCCAUCGAGGUAUGCCACCCAGCAACCUCCACUUAAUUCAACCCUAGCCUAAUCACAGGACAAUUUACAAUGACCAAUUAGCCUACUAACUGGUACACCUUUGGACUGCCGGGGGAAACUGGAGCAUCUGGAGGAUGCCCAUGGGCACAGGGGAAGAAAAUAUCUGCUUACAGAAGACACCAGAAUUGAACACCAAACUCCCAACACCCUGAGCUGUGAUGAAAUGUUUUGAGAGGUUAGUUAUGACUAUAAUCAACUCCUGUCUCAGCAAGGACCUGGACCCACUGCAAUUUGCCUAUCGCCACAAUAGGUCAACGGUGGAUGCGAUCUGAAUGGCUCUGCACGCGGUCCUGGAUCACCUGGAUAAUACACGUACCUAUGUGAAGAUGCUGAUCAUUGACUAUAGCUCAGCAUUUAACACCAUCAUCCUCAGGGAUGUGUGCUUAGUCUCUCUCUCUCUCUCUCUCUCUCUCCCUCUCUCUCCCCCCCCCUCCCUCUCUCUCCCUCUCUUCCUCUCCCUCUCUCCCUUCCCCCUUCCCUCUCUCCCCACCCCCCAUGACUGUGGCUCGGCAUAGCUCAAAUGCCAUCUAUACAUUUGCUGCUGAUACAACCAUUGUUGGCAGAAUCUCAGAUGGUGAUGACAGGGCGUACAGGAGUGAGAGAUAUCAGCUAGUUGAGUGGAGUCACAGCAACAACUUUGCACUCAAUGUCAGUAAGACUGAAGAGCUGACUGUGGACUUGAGAAAGUGUAAGAUGAGGGAACACAAACCAAUCCUCAUGGAGGGAACAGAAGUGGAGAAAGUGAGCAAUUUGGUGUUCCUGGGUGUCGUUUUCUCUAAGGAUCGAAACUGGUCCUAACAUCUCAACAAGGCUAUAAAGAAGGUGAGACAGCAGCUAUAUUUCAUUAGGAGUUUGGGGAGAUUUGGUUUAUCAUCUAGAAUACUCAAAAACUUCUACAAAUGUACCAUUCUGACUGGCUGCAUCACUAUCUGGUAUGGGGGGGGGUAUGGAGUGGGGAAUGACUGCACAGGAUCGAAGUAAACUGCAGAGAGAGGUAAAAUUAGUCAGCUCCAUCAUGGGUACUAGCCUCUUUAGUAUCCAAGACAUCUUCAAGGACGGUGUCUCAGAAAGGCAGUGUCCAUUAUUGAGGACCCCCACCACUACUCAGGACAUGCCCUCUUCUCAAUGUUACCAUCAGAAAGGAGGUACAAAAGCCUGAAGGUACACUCUCUGCAAUUCAGCCACCUGAAUUCUAAAUGAACAUUGAACCUACAAACACUUCUUUUUUAAAUUUCUGUCUUUGCACUACUUACUUUAAUUUAACUAUUUAAUAUACAUAUAUACUUACUGUAAUUCAGUGUUUUUGUCUAUAUUUAUCAUGCAUUGCAUUGUACUGUUGCUAUAAAGUUAAGAAAUUUUACAUAUGCCGGUAAUAUUAAAUCUGAUUCUUAUUCUGUAAUAGCGUUGUGCUAGCUGCUAUUGUAAAUAACUGUAAAUAACUGCCUCAGACAAUUAGCUGAAUGGCUUGCAGUGUAAAUUUUGCUUCGAAUGCUAAUGAAGGAUAUCGGCCCAAUACAUUGACUCUUUAUUCCUUUUCAUAGAUGCCGCCUGAGUUCCUCAAAUAUUUUGUGUGUGUUAACUUUGCUUCAAUAGAUUUAUCCACAUGUUGAAGAUGUUGACAUGCUUACUGCCCAGCAGAGGGCAGCGCUGCACU